UACACGCGUCUUCUUGAUGGUUGGCCUUCUGUCCUGUUCUUCCCCUCACUCUUCACCCAAUCCCUAAUUUUUCUCCACCACCUUCCUCCCUCAAUCUCCAUUACCAGAAAUUAUCGCAGUUUUCUCUCUUUCCAACCUGAAAUUUAAGCACCAACUCCUCCGUUUUCUCUUUGAUUCUUCCUGUUCGGUGAGAAUCCAUCCCCUUUUUUGGUUUCCCUUCUUAAUCCUCUAGGUUUCUUUUUCCUCCUCCUCCUCCUCCUCGGAUCGAUCCCCCUGAUUUGUUGUUGUCAGCAAGGAGACACUUCCCCGAAGCCUCUCUCAGGGUUCGUGUGGAGUUUACUUUCCGUUGCCUUCUAUAGUUGAUCGGUAAUUUUAUAUUUCUUGAUCCGUUUUAGAUCGAAAUGGAUCGCUAGCCUUCGACUUUUCUUUUUGAGUUUCUUAUUAUUAUUACUAUUCUUUUUCUCUUGGGGGGUUACGUUACUUCUUUCAUCGUCUUUCUCUGCUUGAGAUGGUCGCUGAGUCUAGAACUAUGGCUGUGUUGUUGUGAUUUCUUGAUCUCAUCGCUUGUUCUUUGAAUACUGAAGCCCCAAUUUCGGCUUUUUGAUUUAACUCCAUUUUUUCAAAAUGUCGUCUACGGGUGUUGCUGCUCUUUGUCCAGUUCACAAUGAGCACUUACUUUCCCCUAAUGGCCUAAUUACUCCAUCUGCUUUGGAAUCUAAUGAAUCCAUUUGGAUAUAUGUUUCUGUUUCGGGCUCCACGAUUCCUAUGCCCAUCUUUGCAUCCGAAUCUAUUGAAUCUGUGAAGUUAAGGAUCCAAUCCUGCAAAGGAUUUGUGGUUAAGAAACAGAAGUUAGUUUGUGGAGGUCGAGAAUUGGCUCGAAACAAUUCGUUGGUUCGAGAUUAUGGUGUUACUGAUGGAAAUGUGUUUCAUUUGGUGCUUAGGCUCUCAGAUCUUCAGGUCAUUAAUGUCAAGACUUAUUGUGGGAAAGAGUUUACCUUCCAUGUGGAGCGGGAUAGGGAUGUUGCAUAUGUAAAAGAGAAGAUUGCAAAGAAGGUAAAGGAGUUUGUGGACGUUGAUGAGCAGGAAGUUGUGUGUGAGGGAAGGCCACUAGAAGAUCAUAGCCUUGUGGACGACAUUUGUAAUAGAAAGGAUGCAGUCAUACAUUUGUUUGUUCGGAAAUCGGCCAAAGUUCGGGGCAAACCCAUUGAUAAAAACUUUGAGCUCUCUAUUGUGGCAUCAAGUUUCAAAGAACAAUGUAAAUCUGAGUUGUGUAGGGAAAACAAUCAGAAGGAAUACAAUGAUGAUAAGGGAAGUUAUAGGACAGAGUAUGAAUAUGAUAAAGAGAUUGCACCAAGGCCAUAUCCUAAUGGAGGUAGUUUUAUGGAGCCGAUUGUCAUUAACCCCAAGAUUGAAUUGCCAAUACCCAUUUGGGAUUUGGUGAACUCUACUUUAGAUGGCUUAGGCCGUGGACAUUUUCCAGUUAGGUCUUUGGAGGGAACCGGGGGAGCAUAUCUUAUGUUAGACUCAUCAGGAAAGAAGUAUGUGUCUGUUUUUAAGCCAAUUGAUGAGGAACCAAUGGCAUUGAACAAUCCGCGGGGGCUUCCAUUGUCACUAGACGGUGAAGGGUUAAAGAAAGGAACUAGAGUUGGAGAAGGAGCGUUUAGAGAAGUUGCAGCUUACCUUUUAGAUCAUCCAAUAAGUGGACACCGUUCGAUGUUUGGUGACAAUAUUGGCUUUGCUGGUGUUCCUCCUACAGUAUUGGUCAGGUGUUUACACGACGGGUUCAACCAUCCGACCGAUAAAUCAGUUAAAAUUGGUUCCUUGCAGAUGUUCAUGGAAAAUAAUGGCAGCUGUGAGGAUUUUGGUGCUGCGGCUUUCCCUACUAAGGAGGUGCACAAAAUCUCUGUUUUGGAUAUCAGAUUGGCAAAUGCAGAUAGACAUGCUGGAAAUAUUCUAUUGGGAAGAAAAGAAGAUGGCCAAACUGUGCUUAUUCCAAUCGACCAUGGAUACUGCUUGCCAACAAGUUUUGAAGAUUGUACAUUUGACUGGCUGUAUUGGACACAAGCCAAGCAACCAUAUGAUGCUGAGACAUUAGAGUACAUAAAUUCACUCGACGCAGAGGAAGAUAUCGCGGUUCUCAAGUUCCAUGGAUGGGAGCUGCCUCUUGAAUGUGCUCGUACACUGUGCAUUUCAACGAUGCUUUUGAAGAAAGGGGUGAAGAGAGGGCUCACACCAUUCGACAUCGGUAGCAUAAUGUGCAGAGAAACGUUGAGCAAGAAAUCGGUGAUCGAGGAGUGGGUGGAAGAAGCGAUGGAUUGUAUGCUUCCUGGUACAAGUGAAGCAACGUUCCUUGAAAGUGUAUAUGAAAUAAUGGACCUCGGCCUGGAUCAGAUUGCUGCAGCUUCAUUGUCCUGAUGGGGAAAAGCUAAGAUGAUUUAGUAAUUAAUAAUAAUAAUAAUAGGUGUAAUUAAAUAUGUGGGUAAUAUGCACAUAUGACAUAUUGAUAUUAUGUACGAACGACGGGACUACUUCUGUUCUGCUCUUUUGUUCUUCGUUAUAUAGCCGCUAACAAGGAUCGUCGGCGGCUUUGUCAAUGACAAUUCUUUGGUAUAUCUGUUGCUUAUGCUUGUAU